CGCCGCUAUAACGCCCUGUGACCUCUGUUUUGCGCCUUUUUGCCCUCUUUUCUUUCUCUGAAAGAAACAAGCAAAAAAAAAGGCCUUCAAUUGCUUCCAAAACCAAACCUGAGAAAACAACCUUGAACUCUUCAGUGAAAGUUGGAGUCUCCAAUGGAGUGGGUUCGAGGGGAUAAGAUUGGAUGUGGAAGUUUUGGCACCGUCAAUUUCGCGGUACCUAAAAAAGCCUUUUCAAAAUGUCCUGUAAUGGCUGUUAAGUCUUGUGAAACUGUCGACUCUGUUUCUCUCAAGAACGAGAAGGAAGUGUUUGAUCAACUUGGUUUUUGCCCGCAAAUCAUCCGAUGUUUUGGCGAUGAUUACACCAUUGAGAAUGGUGAGAAGUUGUAUAAUUUGUUCUUGGAGUACGCUAAUAAAGGAAGCUUGGCUGAUCAGGUUAAGAAAAACGGUGGAAACUUGAUAGAAUCUGAUGUUAGAAGAUAUGUAAGAUCGAUACUUAAAGGGCUACGCUUUGUCCAUGCCAAAGGGUUUGCUCAUUGUGAUAUUAAACUUCAAAAUAUUCUAUUGUUUGGUAAUGGGGAUAUCAAGAUAGCUGAUUUUGGAUUGGCAAAGAGAAACGGGAGAGAAGAAGGAGAAGAACACAGAAGGAUGGAAAUCAGGGGAACUCCGGUCAAUAUCGCACCAGAGUCUGUUAAUGAGAACGAGUAUGAUUCACCGGUGGAUAUCUGGGCACUUGGAUGUGCUGUUGUUGAGAUGUUUACGGGGAAACCAGCCUGGAAUUUCAAACCAGGAACAAACGUGGCGGCUUUGCUGAUUAAAAUCGGGGUUAGUGAUGAAGUCCCUGCAAUUCCUGCUGAGUUAUCUGAGGAAGGAAGAGAUUUUCUUGGAAAGUGCUUUGUUAAGGAUCCAAAUUAUAGAUGGACUGCUGAGAUGCUCCUGGAUCAUCCUUUUAUGACUGGUAAUGAAGAGACUAUUGUAAUGAAUCUAAAUGAAGAAGAAGCUGCAACAUCUCCAAACUGUUCUUUUGAAGAAUUUACAGAAUCACCAAGAUGUCCAUUCGAUUUUCCUGACUGGGUUUCAACUCAAUCAUCAGUUUCUUCUCAAUCAAAUUUUCAAGAGAAUUCAAACUUUGUUUCUUCGUUUUCAAGUUACAUUUCAUCACCUUUGGAUCGGAUUCGUCAAGUGUCUUGUGAACAGGCACCCAAUUGGUCGAUUUCCGGUAUCUGGAUCACCGCGAGGUAGAAGAAGAGAAGUAAUUGAAUUGCCUUCAUCAAAUCUGACGGCUCUGAUCCAAUUGGUUUUCGUUUUUUUUUUGGUGGCAAUUGGUGAUGAUUUUUUUUUUUUUACUGUAAAUAAUUAGGAAAACAUAGACAGGCUGACCUUUUGCUAAUGAAGAGUUCUGAUUGGCUACUCACGUGGCCACAGAGUGUGCAGGCAAUUCUUUAUUUUGAUUUUGCUUUUGCUUUGAACCAAUAACAUAUUUUCCAAUUCCUUUCCCGGCAAAUAUUAAACUAUGCAUUUGCAGAAAAUUAAACCUGAGUUGUUAAGAUUUUGUUGGGCUGCUUCAUUUCAAGUUCCAGAUUCAAUCAAAUUUUACCAAAUCAUCAAUCUUAUACAAUUUCAGAAGUGGGUAAUUGUUCAUCUAACGUUGAGAGUUGAGACAUUUCAGUCCACCAAUCCGAGUUUUGCAUUCUGAAAUUCUAACAUUGACUUGACCCUUCGAGCAUAGAUUAAAUCCCAACUUAAUUUCUUUGAUGAAUAUAAUGGACUCAUGGUUGACGAAUUGCAGUUUGAACUGAAUUCACGUGUGAAACGUGUGCUUUGUUUUCCUUUUGAAGCUGAUUAUUUUUUUUGUCUAAACUCCAAUACCAGGUAGACUGUAGGAACUGGGCACGGCAGCCACCAUGGCAGCUCAAGUCAUACAAAUCAACUUAUUGAAUUUCAACUUUUGGUGAUUGACCCACAUUAGUUUAUAUUUUACGUGCAUGUUGUAUUGAUAUUAAAUAAAAAAUAAUUG